AUGUCAGAAACGUUGGAGAAUGAAGAUUGGGAUCUAACCAACAUGCUACAUAUUUUGAAGCAAGAAAUCGAGGCGAGAGAAAAAUGCAGUCCUGUAAGGAGAGAGCCGUCUAGACAUGCACAAGACAACUAUGCAACUGGAGCAGCAUUGUUUAGUGGAGCUCGAUUCAAGCAAAGCAGCCAACAUUGUACAUUUUGCCACGGAAAUCAUGUUACAGCUGGGUGCCACGUUGUCACUAAUAUUCAAGAGAGAAGAAACAUCCUACGCAGGAACGGAAGAUGCUUUUUAUGUUUACGAAAGGCUGGUCAUCUUGCAAAGGAUUGCGACGCAUCGAUCAAAUGUUUUAAUUGCCGAGGCAAUCACCACGUUGCUUUGUGUGACAAGGGUAAAUCUGGUACCUAUCAAGGUAAAGUUGAGAAUAGUUUUAGAAGGGGCAGUAAUGCAAACAUUGGUAGACAAACACCUGAAAAUGUUCAGUCGUCAGGUACAUUUUGCGGGGUAAACACCGAAGAGAGUACUGCAAAGGGAAUUUUAUUACAAACUGCCUUUGUCGUAGCUAAAAAUCCCCAAGACCCCUCUAGUAAGGUAAAUUUACGGGUAAUACUUGACUCGGGGUCACAGCGUUCUUAUAUUUCAGAAAAAGCAAGGAACACUUUAGAUUUGGCUUCUAAAAGACGUGAAAACAUGGUAAUAAAGGUGUUCGGUUCUACUGAGGGAAAAGAAACAUCAUGUGACGUUGUAGCAGUAGACUUAAGUGGUAGAAAUUCAAACUUCAAUGUUGAAAUUAACGCACUUGUUGUUCCUACUAUUUGUUCACCGAUUCAAGGACAAACAAUUCGUUUUGCAAAAAAAAUGUACCCACAUUUGCAAAAUUUACAUUUGGCCGACUUUCCAAAUGAAAAUGAAACCGACUUGAAUUUUGAUGUGUUACUUGGUAGUGACACAAUUUGGAGAGUUUUUACUGGAGAGUUUGUAAAUGGGGAGUCUAUUGAGGACCCCGUUGCAGUCGGUACAAACUUUGGAUGGGUAUUAUCAGGAGUUGUCUCUGACAUUCCUAGAAAUUUGCUAUCUAGUGUUAAUCUUGCAACAAUUCAUAUUUUAAGAGUAGACUGUAGCAGUUUAAUUGUUUCUGAAGAAACCGUCGAAAUCUCGAAAUUUGAAAAGGAGCCUACUAAAAGGGUCGAAGAACUUUUCGAACUUGAAACGUUAGGAAUAAACGAUAUUGAAACAGUCGAAGAACAGUUUAUAACUGAAUUGAAAUAUGAUGAAGACCAUUAUACUGUUUCUUUGCCGUGGCGCGAACACCAUGACAUUUUGCCUGACAACUACGAAUUAAGCGUUGCUCGAUUAAAUUCUACCCUUAAACGUCUUCGUAAAGAGCCUGAGCUUUUGAAAGAAUAUAACAAUGUAAUCGAAGAACAGCUUAAACGUGGUAUCAUUGAAGAAGUAAAACCUAAUUUGCUUGAGCCAGCAGAAGUUGGCAGAAUUCACUAUUUAAGCCAUCACGCAGUCGUAAGAAAGGAUGCCACGACAACUGAGGUGCGCGUAGUGAUGGAAGGGAGCGCGAAAAUAAAUGCUGAAUCACCGAGUUUAAACGAAUGUUUACACACAGGUCCUAGUUUGACGCCUAACGUUCUUGAUAUUCUGCUGAGAUUCCGUAGUUAUAAAGUCGCGCUAAUUAGUGACGUAGAAAAGGCAUUUCACAUGAUACGCGUCAGUAAAGGGGAUCGAGAUGUUUUACGUUUUUUGUGGAUAAACAAUAUCGACUCUGAAAACCCUGAAAUUGUCAUUUACCGGUAA